AUGAGUUGUUGUAUGAUUGUGGGUGGGCAUUAUGUGGUGAAUACACUCAGUUUGAGAAAGGCUAAGUUUGAAAGAUCCCUCUUUACUUUAGCUGUCAAAACUUAUAUCACAAUGGGUAUUGACUUGAAGAAACACCACGUCAAGAACACCAACCGUACAGCUCCCAAGUCUGACAACGUCUACUUGGCUUUGUUGGUUAAGCUUUACCGUUUCCUUGCUCGUCGUACUGAUGCCAACUUCAACAAGGUCGUCUUGAAGCGUCUCUUUAUGUCUCGUAUCAACCGUCCUCCUGUUACUGUCUCUCGUAUUGUCAAGAACAACAAGGAAGGUAAGACUGUUGUUGUUGUCGGUACUGUUACCGAUGACUCUCGUCUUCUUGAUCUUCCCAAGCUCUCUGUUGCUGCCCUUCGUUUCACCAAGACCGCUAAGGCUCGUAUCUUGAAGGCUGGUGGUGAAGUCUUGACUUUGGAUCAAUUGGCUCUCCGCGCCCCUACUGGUUCCAACACUAUCCUCAUCCGUGGUGCCAAGAACAGCCGUGAAGCCGUCAAGCACUUUGGUUUCGGUCCUCACAAGAACAAGAAGCCCUAUGUUCGUUCUAAGGGUCGUAAGUUCGAACGUGCUCGUGGUAAGCGUGCUUCUCGUGGUUUCAAGGUUUAAGUUGAACUAGAGAGGAAAAUAAUCAUAUGCAUUGCAUAAUAAGCAUAAAUAAAUUGACAGCCAAAUUAUUAUGUGACAUAUACAAUAAAACUGACAAAGUUCACAAUUU